GAAUAAAUCUCUCCUCAUGUCUAGUAUACUACUGCAGCCCUCCCUGCUUGCUUCAUAUUCACCAUGAUAGUUAACUAGUAUUCAGUAACUGUAAGUUUAUUGUUAAUCUUAGUAGUGUCACUGUCUUUUUUAUCGGAUUCCUUCACACUUACAGAUGCCAAUCAAAGAGGCCUGCCACGUUGCUGUACAAACAAUUCAUCCAAGUAAUCAGAAAUUGUGGAAGCAUGCUCAGGCUCGACAACAGGCCAAAGGACAGGGACCGACCCCAGUCCUGCAAAUUGUAUCAUAUGGAUCAGAACUAAGCAACCAUGGUCCCACCUUUGACAUGGAUUUAUCAGAUUUUUUGGACAGGGAAGAACCAAUGUCGUAUGAGAAGGCAAGGGAAUACUUUUCCCGAGAUCCAUCUCAAAGAUGGGCUGCAUACGUUGCAGGAACAAUUCUUGUUUUGAUGAAGGAACUAGGAAUUCGCUUUGAAAAUAGUAUUAGCAUGCUGAGAUUCAUGUUUAUGUCUGAGGUUAUUAUGUUGAUCAUGCAAAUUGGUGUGAGAGACUGA